GUGCGAACAGUGGAGCCAAAGAAGGCGACGGCCAUUGUGUUAUCCUCACGGCAGCCUGUGUUUUAGCAAAGAUGCUUGCAGAAGUCAUAUUGACGUGCGUAGCAGCGCUGACAACGGGCACAGUAGUUAAACCGCAAAAUACGCAACAAAUGCACUGGUGCGGCGGUCAACUAAAUCCAUUGGACCACGCAAGGGCGAUGCGAUUUGCUACAAGCUUCGUGUAUUCUUGCAAGGAUGAAGUUCAAAGGUUCAAGUUCCCACCAACCGUAAUCAAGGAGAUCGACAGGAUUUGCUCGGGAUGGCGCUUCUGCUAUGCUCUCCUGGACGACUACACCAAUGCAUCCGUGACCCAUAACGAGUUCUUGAUGACCUGCGCCAGAAAGUUGACCAAGGCGCUAGUCACAAUUUAUCCGCAUUUCCAAGAGAAGUACAAGUUCGAUCUGGAUGCCGGCAUGGAUGCGCUGCAAGUGUGCAGUAACUGA